AUGAUACGCGCGUGCAUGAUUGAUUUAGGCGGUAGUUGGGAUGAACAUCUACCCCUGAUCGAAUUCUCCCAUAAUAACAACUACCACACUAGUAUAAAAGCCGCACCUUUUGAGGCUUUAUACGGGAGAAAGUGUAGAACACACGUUUGUUGGGCUGAAGUUGGUGAAAGCCAACUUUUUGGACCAGAUAUUGUCCUUGAAACAACUGAUAAAAUUUUACAAAUCAGAGAUAGACACAAGGCUGCCCGAGAUAGGAAAAAGAGCUAUGCUGAUAAAAGGCGGAAGGCUCUUAAUAUCCAAAUCGGAGAUAGAGUAAUGCUCAAGGUCUCGCAUUGGAAAGGCGUAAUGAGAUUUGGAAAGAAGGCUUACAUACUUAAGUUACCUGAAGAGCUGAGUGGAAUCCAUGAUGUAUUCCAUAUCUCUAAUCUGAAGAAGUGCUUAGCUAAUGAAGCACUUGUCAUGUCUCAUAAUGACGUUCAAAUUGACGAGAGCUUAAGGUUUAUUGAAAAACCUUUAUUCAUUGAGGACCGUGAAGUCAAAAAGCUCCGUAAGAAAAAGGUUUCCCUUGUCAAGGUGAAAUGGGAUUCCCGUCGUGGCCCAAAAUACACUUGGGAGGUUGAAUCCGAAAUGAGAUGGAAAUACCUGUAUUUGUUUUAA